AUGGCGAGGUCUGCCGUCUCCGCUCGGACCUGGGCCUUGAUUCUCGUCCUCCUCUUCCUCCUUCCUGGAGCUCUUCCCUGGGGGAAGGAAGGGCACUACGCGAUCUGCAAGAUUGCGGAGGCAAGAUUCUCUCUGCAACUUUCCCAACCCUCCCGCCAUUCGUAGAAAGAAAGCUAGGCAGAUCCGGCAGUUUUCUACGAAAAAUGGGGAGAUUAGGCCCGGCUGCGAGGUCGGCUCUGUGCUGAAAACCUAAUCGGGUUUAUUUCCCCCAGGGGCUUCUGUCGGAGGGAGCUCAAGCAUCAGUGAAGAAGCUUCUCCCAAGCUAUGCCGGAGGCAACCUCUCCGCUCUCUGUUCCUGGGCUGAUCAGAUCCGUCACAACUUCAGGUGGCGCUGGACGGGGCCUCUGCACUACAUUGACACCCCAGACUUCGCGUGCAACUACGGCUACUGCCGUAAGAGCUCUGCUCCAUCUUCUUCUUCUUCUUCAAAUGUCUCUGCGUCGUCUCUUGAGUGUGAAUGCUCAGCGUCUGUCUCCACAGGAGACUGCCAUGACACGACUGCGCAUAAAGAUAGGUGCGUCGCCGGAGCAAUUUACAACUACUCUGCUCAAUUAUCUGCCAGCCCCGGGCUGAACUCACAACACGGCUGUAAGUCAUCGAGAUGGGUAGUUUGCAUCAACACAUCUGAAUAAAAACGACCAUAUCCUCCGCCGAUCGCAGAUAAUCUCACGGAGGCGCUCCUGUUCUUAUCUCACUUCAUGGGCGACAUUCAUCAGGUUCGUCAGGACCCGAGAUCGAUUCCAGUUCCCAUUUGGACCAUAACUGAUGAAAAGAAGCUGUGCUCUGUGGUGUUCAGCCUCUGCACGUCGGCUUCGCCGGAGACGAGGGAGGGAACACCAUAAUAGUCCGCUGGUUCAGGCGUAAGACCAACCUGCAUCAUGUGAGCGUCAGCGGUGUUCAUUUCUCCGGAUCAUUCGCUUUCUUUAUUCUUUCUCCGCAGCUUGGUGAGAUGAACGGGAAAUUUCUGCAGGUGUGGGAUACCAUGAUAAUCGAGUCUGCCCUAAAGAAGUUCCACGGCUCAGACCUUUCGAGUAUGAUUCAGGCAAUAAGAACAAAGUAUCUGGUACGCCUUCUCCACGGGUCUUCUGCCCCUGCUGGCUGGUGAUCGGGGGCACAUUUUCUGCUGAAUUGAUUGCACUUUUUUCUAUAGUUUACAUUCCCCUGGUGGGUUUUUAUUAUGAUUGGGAUGGAUGCUGCUUGAGCUACAAAUCUGCGAUCUUUGGUUUCACGUCAUAUGCAUUCGCUUCAUUCCUGCUCCAAUCGAUCAAUCACUGGUCUCCCCUGCCGCUGAUUUCUUCGCUUGGGAGCAGGUGGACCCGGCGGCCGCCAUCUCUUCGUGGGUGAAUUGCGCAUCGAAUGAGACCGUGUGUCCGGAUACGUGAGAACCUCCCUCUGGCAGUCAAUCCCCAAACCCACCCUGCGACAUCUUUUCUCAAGAUGGCAGCUUUCUGAUGUGCUGAAAUCUGCUGCAGGCAUGCUUCAGAGAGCGUCGGCUUGGCCUGCCGCUAUGCAUACAGGAAUGCUACUCCCGGGGCUACUCUAGGAGGUGAGAGGCCUUCUUCCUCCCCCCCGAUGGAUGAUUUUUCGCUGAAAUUCUCAUUUUCUGUCAGCUAUGUUCCCGAAAUUAUGCGCAUUCUUGUCAUUCAGAUGAGUACUUCCUCUCUCGCCUGCCGCUCGUCGAGAAGAGACUGGCCCAGGCAGGAGCCCGCCUGGCCGCUACCCUCAACUCCAUCUUCACCGCUGGCCGCCCUCCACCUCCCAUCUCCAGCCCCAUCGAGCCGCUCUGCCGAGAGUGGGAGCAAGGCUGA